AUGCCGGGACUUAUCACCUUUGUGCGUAAGUUUCUCAAGCGCGUUAGCUCGGCGGGGGCUUCCGCGGACUCGGUUGUUCCAGUUGUCUCUUCGGUUGCUCCUGUCGUCUCUUCGGUUGCUACUUCUGUGGCUCCUGUUGUUACUUCGGUUCUUGCUUCUGCGGCUCUGGACGCUGAGGAGUCUGUCGCGCCGGCGCCUACUUGGGUUGUUCCCGUUGUCUCUUCGACGGUUGCUUCUCCGGUGGUCAUGGUGUCGACAGACAGGCCUCUCCUCGCCCCACGCAUCUUCUCGGACCUCAACGGGCUGAAGAUCCGUCACAUGUCCCUUGACGACAUGCCUGAUGACUUCCUCGACCGCAUGGAUGUUGAAGAUGUUGUGUCCUCCCCCGCGCCGGCCUUGUCUCUUGACCUUGGCCGUCCCUUCACUCUUGACACCCCCGAGUUCGUGGCGUCUGUCCUUGACCGCACGGAGCUCCCUCACCGUCUUCAUGUGCCUGUCCAGGUCGUGUCGGUUGAGCCGCUCUCGGAUGAGGGGGCAGGGUGA